AUGUCGUUCCUGAACAGAGAAUUUGUGUUUCUUCUACGUCAGUUUCUCGGUGAAGAGAAAUUUAAUGAGACUGCUCACAAGUUGGAGCAAGAGUUGGGACUUUUCUUCAACCUCAGCUAUAUUGAGGAACUGGUGAAGAGUGGGGAUUGGGAUGAGGUGGAGAAGUAUUUUUCUGGAUUUACGAAGGUUGAUGAUAACGAAUACUCCACGAAAGUUUUCUUCAAGAUCCGAAAGCAGAAGUACCUAGAAGCCGUAGACAGGAAAGAUACGGCUAAAGCUGUUGAUAUUCUAAGGGACUUAAAAGUGGUUUCGGCUUUCGACGAAAGCCAUUUUAAAGAACUGCCACAGCUUCUGGUGUUGGAGAACUUUAGAGAAAAUGAGCAACUAUCCAAGUCUGCGAGGAGAAAUUUGUUUCAUGAACUUGAAUUGUUGAUUCGAAGUAACCCCCUGUUGCGUGACAAGCUAAAUUGUCCUGACUUGAAAUCCAGACUGCAGACUCUAAUGACUCAAAGGUCAUUAUCUUUGUCUUUUUUGAAUUGCCAGAAUCUGUUUCAUGAGAAUCCCACGCUUAUCACUGACACAGAAACCCCGCUUGUGGACCCUUCUCGUAGCCAGUUGCUGACAAUUGGUCCACAAGCUUUACCUUCUGUAGCUAAUCCUCUAACAGGUGCUUUUCCUAAAGCAGGGGAUUUUUCGCCUUUCGGUGCUCAUGGUCCGGUGCUAGCUCAUCUACCAACAUCAUCUAAAAAGCCCCUUGAUUUCACUGCAUUUGCCUCUCCUGCCGAGCCCGUGGGUUUUGCUGCAGUUAAGAUCGGAUGCCUUCUACGGUUCUACACAUGUAUACGUCUCACUGUAGCAGCUAUCUUAGAGCACCCUGGGGUUCCUCCUACGAAAAACUCUGCUGUGGUCUAUCAAACAGCAGAUUCUGAACAUAAUAGCAAAUCUAGCAUCUGGGAACUGAAAGAAAUCAAUGAACCAUCACAAUGCCGCUCCCUAAGACUCCCAGACAGUUUAACAGCAAUUGGGGUUUCCAGAUUGAUGUAUACAGAAUCAGGAGCUGCCAUAUUGGCAUUAGCGGAAAAUGCUGAGCACACCAUCUGGAAAUGGCCAAGGAAUGAUAAGGCAACUGCUUGUGUUGUACCGCAACUAUGGCAACCUUCAUGUGGAAUAUUGAUGACUAAUGAUGUUAGUGAUACACACCCUGUAUACAAUCCCUGUAUACAUACCCUUGCACUGACACCGAAUGGCUCUUGUGUUAUGUCAUCUUCAGGGGGCAAAAUCUCGAUAUAUAAGCUGAUGACAUUUGAGACAAUUAGGACAUUGGAUCCCCCUCCUCCGUCUGCAGCAACAUUUCUUGCAUUUUAUCCUCAGGAUGACAGAAUCAUUGCUGUAGGCAUGAAAGACUCUUAUAUCCAAAUAUAUAGCCACGUGUAUUAUGAGCUCAUAACCACGUUCAACGGUCAUCAGGGAAGUAUAACAGGCCUUGCCUUCUCUACUGUUCUAAAUGUGCUUGUGUCUUCAGGAGAUAAUGCUCAGCUGUGUGUUUGGAACUCUGAAGAGGAUGAAUAUAAUUUUCUAGAGAGUACAGCCUUGCAUAUUCCAUAUGUGCCAGGCAAAGUUCUUGUUACAGAUACCUUCAUACAAUUUCACCAAGAUCAGAUACAUUUACUUGUAGCGUGUGCAACUGAGAUAUCCAUAUACAAAGCACCUGAGUUGGAACUCCUAAAAUUGUGGAUUCCACCAAAAGGAAGAGCUUCUCUGAUCACACAUGCUACAUAUUCCUGUGAUAGCCAGUCAGUAUACGUCGGUUUUGAUGAUGGAAGUGUCGGUAUUCUUACUGCUUCAGCUACAUUACAAUUGAGAUGCAUGAUUAAGUAUACUUCUUAUCUCCCUGCCACUGCAAUCCCGGGAGUCCAUCCAGUUGUGAUCGCAGCACAUCCAACAGAACCUAAUCAGUUUGCAUUAGGACUUUCUAAUGAUUAUGGAGUUUGCAUACUUGAACCACUUGAAUCAGAAGGCAAAUGGGGCACCUCUCCUCCCCACGUAGAUUGUGCCGGGCCUAGCACCUCUGAAUCACUCGGUUUGAAUUAACCCCAACAAUAAAGUCCUUGUGGAGGCCGAGGCUUGCUAGUUGUUUCACCUAAAAAACCAAGUGUACGUAUCUCUUUCAUAUAGACUUUGUUCAAUGGUAAUAAGGGGUGUCAAAUCAAUUUGAAUCCAAGACAUGGUGCUAAAAAUUGUCAUUUGUAAAAUUUUAAAAAAAAAUAGCGAAACAUAGCGUAAAUCUGUAGUAGGCAUUUGUGAAGGGAAUGUAUGUGGAAUUCAUUGGAGUUAC